GUCAAAAUCCCCAGUUUUUAAACUUGAUAGCGACAGUUGUGCGGCAAAAAAAUGCCUAAAUCUCGUUUUUUAUACAGAACUGUAAACUCUUUAAUGUCGUAAAAUGUGCUGUUAGUCUGUGUUGUGUUUGUGUGGAAAAGAAAGAGGCAUCACCUCUAUAAAAGCCCUCUUCAGCAGGAGGAAGAACUGGAGAUGGGGAGGAGAAAAAAUAGGCGCCGUAGGAUCCCGAUCAAGAAGCCCGAUGUCGCGGAAAUUUCCUCCCAAACCGACGAAAUGAUGGGGGAUGUGAUGCGCACUUGUUUUGACGACUCCCUCAAAAGGAGUAGGGGGGAGUUGACGCCGUUCGGGAGGACUUUGACGCCCUUGACCACUCCUCCGCCGCGACUAUCGGAGGGUGGGGGUGCGCCGUUGGAGGGGGAGGAGAUACAGGGGACGCCGGUUAAUCACUACAGAAGUCUACAGAGAAGCCAAAAAAAGAACAACAGUUUCAACGUGACCAACCUAAACAUACUUUUCGACUCCAACUUUGUCUACAACGACACAAGCCAGUGCGACGGCAAGAUCAGCAUGAAAUCGGGUUCCCGGGGAACCCCGUGUCAACCCUCGAAAAACGAGGCGGCGGUGCAAGCCAACAACGAGCUGGCCGAGACCCCCAAAAUGAGCAGGGUCUACUUGAUCGACAAGACGUUUGUGAGCCCCGUCGAAAAGUUGAUGAAAAAAAUCAACAACAAAAACGUCAGCCAGGAGGUGAAUUUGAACCCCUACCUGAAGGACAAGUUGUUCAAGGAGACCAUCGAGGGUGACUUGUCGUUUUUCAACCCUCAACUUUUCAACUUAAAGUGUUCUUCCACCCCUAUAGAUAAAUUAGGUGCGGUGCGCGAAAAAAAGGAGGACGAGGAGGCUGAGUGCAGCUACAAAGUUCAAGCAAGGGUGGAACACCUGUCUCCAAAAAUACUUCACAAAACGCCACCAAACCAUCCAGACUCUACGAAAUCCUACAGACUGCAUUCGGUGCAGAUGAGUCAUAGGAAAUCGUACAGGAGUCCGAAAGUUGCGCGUGCCAUUCACAGGGGGCGCUUGUACGAUAGGAGUCACAACUUCGCCUACUCCAGACUUUGCAUAAGCAACCGAAGUUGCGCUAGUAGUAUAGACGACAACGGGGUUUACAACAAAUUAAUGGGGAGGUUGAAAAAGUACAGCAAAAUGUCCGCCAAGUGGUCUUUGAAGGUGGUAGAUGUGUGCUCCCAGCUGGGAGUUACUUUGAAGAAUAGUUUGUCAUCGAUAUGUAACAUUUACAACGAAACCUCGCUCGAAAACAAAAGCAUGUGCCGUUGUGAAGAGUACAAAUUGGAAAUUGCAAGACUGAACGGUAAAAUAGCCGAGCUAAAAGACGAAUUAAACGCCUAUAAGGGCAAAAUGAACGACCAAAAUCGAAAUAGAGACGAUUUAGGCGAACUGACGGAAUCUUUGCGCAAAGUAAAGGUGGAAUUGUGUCAAAUAACCGAAUUAAGGUCGGAACUGGAGGCGCUGAAGAGUCAGUUUGCUUGUUUCAAGGCCUUACCGCAGGUUGUGGUCACCGCUCCUUCUCAGUGCGGUUCCGCGCAAAUAGGGGAACCUUCUUCCCUACCACCACCACCUCCUCCCAUGAUGAAGCUACCUCCUCCCCCUCCUCCUCCUCCACCCCCUCCUCCGCCGCCUCCCAUGAUGUCCUUGGGCAACGCGUCGCUGAAAAUUACGAGGAAAUCGAAGAGCGAGGAGUCUAGGAAAAGUGACGAGGGGAGACCGGUUAUCUCGUUGGACGAUAUUUUGAAGGUUAAAUUGAAAAAAGCAGGGGACCGUCCGACGUCGACUCCCCUGCGUCGGAGCAGCCAACCGGUGGUGAGCAUGGAGCAGCUGCGGCAGGUGCGCCUGCGCCCCGCGUCGCGCCAAUCGGCGCGCCAGACGUCGCUCACCCCCUCCACCACUUCCGGUCACUCGGACGCCGCCGACGGAUCGGCGCAGGCGCCCAGCACCUCCCCCCACUCCUCGCUCAGCCGCCUGCUGAACGACAGCUCGCCCGCACAGAACGCAGCAGCAGCAGCAGCAGCAACGUCACGUCACCAACCCGACGCCGAGUGCUGCCAGUUUUGACGCAUCUUCUAUUGGGGAGCUGAAAGAAGAAGACAGCAGCCCUCAACGCGGUUAGAGAACCCAUAAAAGAAUUUUAAAUAGUUUUAAACCUCAGUGAAGUGCAGGGCAACUUCUUGAAUAAGAAAAAAAUUGACAUGAACUUUAUUACAACACUUUUUUUACCUGUAAAAUAUUUGAUUGUAACAAAAAAACUACAGCCUCUUUUUAACCGUAAAUUUUCAUCGAGAAAUGGUAAAUUUUGCAGUCUGACAAAAAAAUAAUUUACAAAAUAAAAGAGGUCGAGUUUUUCUUGACUUAUUGCUAUUUAUAUAGCGAAAUUUAUAUUUAUAUACAAAAUAUAUAUGAUUUUAUAAGAUUUAAUUAUUAAUUUGUUUAUAUUUAUUACUCUGUACACAAUAAUUGUUAUGAUUUGUUUUAUUAAAUUUAUAAUAUGUAGAACCAAGGUUUUAUUUUAGGGACAAAUAAUUUUUGUAUUGUUUUUUGUUUGGUUUUUGUGACGUAAUGACGGAAUGUACCAUAUAAAAUUAAAUGAUUGUGAUAAUAAAGUUUUAUAUUUUAAGUUUUUUUUUUUUAGUCAUGACUAUUUGCAAAUAAAACACAAUUUUUAAUAAUAACAUUUAAUAUUUAUUUAUACACAUAUUUUUAAGACCUAAAAAAUAACAAAAUACCCAGAGCUAUAGUAAGAUAUUUCCAAAAGCUACUGUUAUCAGAUUGCCGCGGAACUUCUGCAAUUUUUGGUUCUGCAGAAGCCGGCAGAACAAAUUUUUGAUUUGCCAAUAAUUUCAAUUGUUCCUCUUGCCUUCUAAAUGCUUGCGCCAUAUCUAGAUCUUUAGUUUGUAUAUGGCCCCUAAGAUCUAAUAGUAUGUUUUCCACGUAUUUUUUUAGCUCCUCUUUUCUUAGCGUGCCGUAUAUAAAUGUUAACAGGGAGGCAA